UUUUUUCUUUUAGUUAAUCCUCGAUAUUUAAAUGGUAAUGAUGAUGAUGAUGAAGAUGAAAUUUUAAGUAAUCCUCGUCGGCCAUCACCAACAAGUCAAACAUAUAGUAGUAGUAAUGCAUCAUCAGUUCGUUCAGUUGAUAUUGAAAUCGAAAUUAAUAAGAAAAAUGAUAAAAAUCAUUGUAUUCGUUCAAAUAAAAAAAAUAUUACAGAUAUUAUACAACAAGAAAAAGUUCAUUCGAAACGUUCUUAUAUACAUCGACCCGUACAUCAAACAAAAGCAUCAGAAUUACGUCGUCUUCAAACUCAGUCACGUCGAUAA